AGCAGCUCCUGUAACUUUAAACCUGGGCUGAGAUCAUAAUUUUAGUACUGACCAAACAGUGUGGGAAGGGCGGGCCCAGCCCUUCUUUUUGAGACCACCUUAGACAAGCUCCCACCCCUUUGCUAAAGAAAAAAACCCCGACUCCGCUCCGUUACUUUUCUUUAGCUCUAUAGUUAUCAUCUGGGGAAAAAUUUCCUGCCGUUAAAGGAGUAUUUCAAAUACCAAAGUAUUUUCUGCAGUGACAACUUGCUGUGAACUCAGCUCUCCUCUGCAUCUAAAAAAGUUGAAUCCUUCUGGUCUCAGGACAGGAAAGCUGAUCUCUAACCAGAGCAAAAAUGUUUAUUAAAAUUCAGAUCGUCAUCUUCGUGCUGGGGAGCGUUCCUUUCACAGCUCUUGCUGAAGAAGCAAGCUCAGUUCUUGAAGGAGAAGAAAGUGCAACCAUUGAUUUCCGAGACAGAAAUGACACAGAGUUUGAAGAAUCACCAACUCUGCUGCCCACCAAAAUACACAGUGUAACAAACCUCCUGGAGUUUGCAGAACUGAUGACCACAAAAAGUGGAGAUGUUGCUAGUGAAGACAGUGAUAUCACUGCUGAUUAUGAAGUUACCACUGAAAAUGAAGGUGGACCAAGUAGAGAACCAGAAGAAACUGAGAAAGGUGGUCUGGAAACAAUUGCACUUGCUGGAAUCAUUACUGGAAUCAUUGUAGCGGUUGGAAUCCUUGCAGGAAUCAUAAUUGCUGUUGUAAGGAAGAUGUCAGGCAGGUACUCGCCCUAGAAAUAGUUGAAACAAGUGACCGUGCUGUUUUAUGCUGGUAAAUUUAAGURCUUCUUAUCCUAUAAGCACUAGAGACUAUUCUUGUAUUCUGUGUGAGAAGAUGAUCCAUGGAAAUGAUGGCUGAAGAACUUCACAUCUAUGGGGAUCUCACAAAACUCUSUAAACGACUAUUCCUACAGACUUACUGAACAUGGAACACCUCACAGGAUUUUACUAACAAGGCAUAGAUUAGAGGAAGUGAAAAUUAUGCAGUAGGAAAAAGAAAAAAAUGCAGAAGAGGGAUUCAUCCAAAGUGUGAUUUACAGGUAACAUAUGCUAGCUUGAUUUUAAACACUGCACGCAAAGGUAGUUAUCUUACAGUGCAUUUUAUUCAUUCUGAAAAAGAAAAAAAAAUAAAAAAGCAUAUCCAGAUUCUUCUCUCUUAAGCUCACUGAGAUACUACUGUAUCCUUCAGUGUUCCAAAAUGCUUUGGCAUGUUCCUCUACCUAAUGUUUAGUUUAGCAAAAUAUGAAACUUCUUGCUGACAAGGAAUGAGCUUUGGAGACUGAAUUAUCUYUGUUUUUCAUAAGCAAAUUAGGCCAAACAAACCUAAGCCUUUCCACUAUCAACACUGCUAUUUUUGCCUUUAUACCUAUGUGCCAAGGUGUGGUAGACCCAGCUGGAACUGACCUACCAACUGAAAACUUGCUCAGCUCACUUACACUAAGAACUUACCGUCUCUUGGUGCGGUGAGGAACAGAGAUUGAAGUACACAUCCUAAAUUAAAGGGUGCUUGGAAUAUGCCCACUUUUGAUGGGUCACUAACCAGUUACUUCUGAUGCAUAGAAGCUUUUGAAUUAAUAUACACUUUCCUUUAUAACAGACUCAUUUUCUAAGUGCAAAGUAAACUUGCUUGAUCACUAUACAACACUAGAUCAGAUCACAUUAACAAAGUAUGUCUUUUUAGUUUUCAAAGUGUGCAGAGUUCAAGGAAAAGGCAGUGUCAAAUGUCUCACGUUGUCUAAACUAAGGCACUCGCCUACUUGGUAUGAAAUGGACUUAAUUCACAUUGCCAGUGAGUAAUAAACAAGUCAUUUUAGAUUUGUGCUGUUUUCUCUGUGCCAUGAACUAUUAUAUCAAUCUAAGCUUUGGA